UGGGACCGCAACCUGGCCAAGGGCAGAACCUGUGUGCCGGGCCCACUCGCCUGGAGACCUCGGCAUCGAGUGCAAGUGGGUGUGCGAGUGCGCGGACUUCACGGAACAACACAGACGCCGUCUCUUCCCGCGCGCAGUUUUUUUUCUUCUUCCCAUGCCUCGAAGCUGGAGGGGUGACGCCACAGGCCGGAUUAUAUAAACGUGUAGUGAUAGCGGCCCUGAUGCAGUGCCAGCAGAUUGUCGGCUCGACGUGGCUCAAGGCAACCCCCACGCCGCAGCGCCAGCCAGCCAGCAUGUCAGCCAAUGGGCGGUUACCGCACCCCCUGGACGCCGCAGUCUCUGUGGCCCCCCUCCAGCUGGACGACGCCUGGAGGGCCGAGCAGGUGACGCGCGUCCUGCAGGGACUGUACCUGUCUGGAGAGACGGUGCUGAGGAUACAGGAGGUGUUCCUGUCGGAGCUGGAGGCCGGCAUCCACCAGCGACCCUCCUCGCUGCAGAUGGAGAAUACCUACAUCCCUGAGCUGCCCGACCACACAGAGGAGGGCCGCUACCUGGCGCUGGACCUCGGCGGCACCAACUUCCGCGUGCUGCUGAUGGAGCUGGCGGGCGGCUCGGUGGUGCGCGAGGUGGUGCGGCACUACCACGUGGACGAGCAGCAGCGCGUGGGCUGCGGCGCGCGGCUCUUCGACUACCUGGCGGCCUGCGUCGCCGCCUUCGUGCGCGAGAACAACCUGGCCGAGGAGCCGCUGCCCCUGGGGUUCACGUUCUCGUUCCCCAUGAGGCAGCGCGCGCUGGACGUGGGCGAGCUCAUCACGUGGACCAAGUCCUUCAACUGCCCCUCGGUGGUGGGCUGCGAGGUGGUGCGGCUGCUGCAGGCGGCGCUGGACCGGCGCGGCGACACCCGCGUGCAGGUCGUCGCCAUCCUCAACGACACCACCGGGACUCUGGUGCAAGGGGCCGUGCUGGACCCGCGCACGGCCAUCGGCCUGAUCCUGGGCACGGGCAGCAACGCCUGCUACAUGGAGCAGGCGGAGAGGGUGCAGCACUGGGAGACGCAGCGGCACGACGAGAAGGAGGUGGUGAUCGACAUAGAAUGGGGAGCCUUUGGCGACAAUGGCGUGCUGGAUUUCAUCAAAACGGAUUUCGACCGCGCUGUGGAUGACAACUCAUUAAUUGUAAACUCCUUUACGUUCGAGAAGUACAUCGGCGGCAAGUACAUGGGCGAGAUCGUGCGCGUGAUCCUGGCGCGACUGGCCAAGGAGGGGCUGCUGUUUGACGGCGACGCCGGCGAGACGCUGCUCACCAAGCACGCCUUCACCACCAGCUACGUGUCCGCCAUCGAGCAGGACACGGUGGACGGCGGCAGCGAGAACACGGCCCAGGUGCUGGCCAAGCUGGGCGUGACCUUCAGCGCCAGCGACGUGGCGGUGGUGAAGCACGUGUGCGAUGCCGUGUCCAGCCGUGCAGCCAUGCUGGUCGCAGUCUGUCUCGCGGUGCUGCUGAACAGGCUGAACAGGCCGGACGUCACCAUCGCGGUGGACGGCUCGCUGUUCAAGUUCCACCCGCGUCUCGAGACGCUCAUCAGCAAGUUCAUCAAGCUGCUGGCCCCCGGCAAGAAGUUCCAGCUGAUGCUGGCGGAGGACGGCAGCGGCAAGGGGGCGGGGCUCGUCGCUGCCAUCGCCAUGAAGCUGAGGAAGCGACUCCAGAAGGCGUGAUGACCCGCGGAGCCGCGGGAGCACCUUCCACGCGCGACCGGCCGGCACGGAGGGGGAGGGGGGGGAGACCUCGCCAGACGGGAGCUCCGACCAGCGUUCGCUUCGACUGAAAACUUAGGUGGAUCAAUUGGCAUAGGGGGGUUACUUUCAUUACCACGAUCACUGUUCCUCGAGCAUGAUGGCGCGUAUUCAUUGUUUGAAUUGGGAAAGUUUUUUUCUAACAGUUAACAGUUAUUGAUAAAUUUUAAUUCUGGUGGGUUCGAGUACGUCAAAUGUGUUAUAGUAUUUGUUUCAUUUCAUGCAGAGAGCGAUUUUUUUUUAAACAGAAACUGACAAAUGUUUGUAAAAAAUGAAUUUUGUUGAUUUUUUGAGAUUAUAUGUACAAAGAGAUCGCAGAAUAUUGUGGAUUUUAAAUGUUACACCAACUAUGUACUGUUAAGCAUUAUUAAACCAUUUUCAGAA